UGGCGGCGGCUGGGAGCGCAGCGCGCAGAGGCGGGAGACUGCGAAAUCCCGAGCCGACGCCACAGCCUGCGUCCCGCUCCUCGUCUCUCUCACCGCCUCGGAGAGCGGGAUCCUCGGGAACCCGAGAGACUGCCGAGAGGAAAGCUAGAUCGUGGCCGCCUCCACUCGGGGAGGCGCGCAGAGAUUCCGAGGGGGAGAGACGGUGCCCGAAGGCGGAGGGGCGCUGAGUUUCGGGCCAGAGGGAAGUUUAAAGUCGCGCGGAGAAAAUUGGCUUUUUAAGACGCGGGGACGCCACAGCCCGGGAGCCGUAGGGAAGGAAACUUCACGGUUGUCCUACAAGCCAGGAGAGGCGUGCGAGGGGAUGGUGCCCGGCAUCGCUCCCAUAUCUUGAUCUGUCGUCUCCGGCCCCCCUCGGCCAACCUCCUGCGAGGGCUCAGGGCAGCGCACGUGUGCAGACUGCGAGUGACCCUGCCAUAACCCGCCCGGGGACGCCGGCUGCAGCGCAGUCCUGCCUAGGACACACCUGGCUCACUCAGCCCGUGCGCCUCCAGAGACCUGCGGGAGAGUAGGGGAUCCUGGCCGUCGCCCCGUCGUCUCUUCUCCGCCCGGGCUUCUGGGGGCGCCGCGGAUGACCAUGAGAGAUAAGGACUGAGUGCCAGGACCGGGAAGAGAGCCCGCCGAGAGGUGGCGGGGGCUGCCCACUCCGAGGGCCACAGCCUCCGCGCUCCGGCCUCGCUCCACCGCUCGACGCCUCGCGGGGCCCGCGGGGGCAGCCGGGCUGGGAGGCGAUGCCCGGGCUGGGGCGGAGGGCGCAGUGGCUGUGCUGGUGGUGGGGGUUGCUGUGCAGCUGCGGCCCCCCGCCACUGCGGCCCCCUCUGCCGGUAGCCGCGGCCGCCGCCGGGGGGCAGCUGCUGGGAGCCGGCGGGAGCCCGGUGCGCGCCGAGCAGCCACCGCCACAGUCCUCUACUUCGGGCUUCCUCUAUCGGCGGCUCAAGACCCACGAGAAGCGGGAGAUGCAAAAGGAGAUCCUGUCGGUGCUGGGGCUCCCUCACAGGCCGCGGCCCCUGCACGGUCUCCAGCAGCCUCAGCCCCCAGUGCUCCCGCCACAGCAGCAGCAGCAGCAGCAGACGGCCCGCGAGGAGCCCCCUCCAGGGCGGCUGAAGUCCGCUCCGCUCUUCAUGCUGGAUCUCUACAACGCCCUGUCCAAUGACGACGAAGAGGAUGGGGCAUCGGAGGGUGAGGGGCAGGAGCCUGGGUCCCACGGAGGUGCCAGCUCGUCCCAGCUCAGACAGCCGUCUCCCGGCGCUGCACACUCCUUGAACCGCAAGAGCCUCCUGGCCCCGGGACCCGGUGGCGGUGCGUCCCCACUGACCAGCGCGCAGGACAGCGCUUUCCUCAACGAUGCGGACAUGGUCAUGAGCUUUGUGAACCUGGUGGAGUACGACAAGGAGUUCUCCCCACGUCAGCGACACCACAAAGAGUUCAAGUUCAACCUAUCCCAGAUUCCCGAGGGUGAGGCGGUGACGGCUGCUGAGUUCCGCGUCUACAAGGACUGUGUGGUGGGGAGUUUUAAAAACCAAACCUUUCUUAUCAGCAUUUACCAAGUCUUGCAGGAGCAUCAGCACAGAGACUCUGACCUAUUUUUGUUGGACACCCGGGUGGUGUGGGCCUCAGAAGAAGGCUGGCUGGAAUUUGACAUCACAGCAACUAGCAAUCUGUGGGUGGUGACACCGCAGCACAACAUGGGACUCCAGCUGAGUGUGGUGACUCGGGAUGGACUCCACGUCAACCCCCGUGCGGCGGGCCUGGUGGGCAGAGACGGCCCAUACGACAAGCAGCCCUUCAUGGUGGCCUUCUUCAAGGUGAGCGAGGUCCACGUGCGCACCACCAGGUCAGCCUCCAGUCGGCGGCGGCAGCAGAGUCGCAACCGGUCCACCCAGUCGCAGGACGUGUCCCGGGGCUCCGGUUCUUCAGACUACAAUGGCAGUGAGUUAAAAACAGCCUGCAAGAAGCAUGAGCUUUAUGUGAGCUUCCAGGACCUGGGAUGGCAGGACUGGAUCAUUGCACCCAAAGGCUAUGCUGCCAACUACUGUGAUGGAGAGUGUUCCUUCCCACUCAACGCACACAUGAAUGCCACCAACCACGCCAUUGUACAGACCUUGGUCCACCUUAUGAAUCCCGAGUACGUCCCCAAACCAUGCUGCGCACCAACCAAGCUGAAUGCCAUCUCGGUUCUUUACUUCGACGAUAACUCCAAUGUCAUCUUGAAAAAGUACAGGAAUAUGGUCGUGAGAGCUUGUGGUUGCCAUUAAGUUGAAGCUGGUGGGGGGUGGGGCAGCGUGCUUCUGCCUCGGAUUCCUAAGGACAUCUGCCUUAAAAACCCGAGAAGCAGCACAGUGAAGCGGGAUGGUGACACGCAGAAGCAUCUCCCGCUGGUGCCUUAGCCCACUGAGGCUUUUAUGAGGACCUUGUCAAGGACUUCCCCAGUUCCUAACUGAGCAGUUGCUGGUCUGCAGGAAGCUGGAAGGCUUGCAGUACAGGCCUGGAAACUGCAGUUACCUAAUGUUCGCCUCCCCCAAUCCCACCCAGGCUAGUUUUUAGCUUUUAGAUCUAGCUGCUUGUGGUGUAAGUAGAGAGUAAACUUGAAGGAAUAUUAAAUAUCCCUGGGUUGAAAGACCCGGCGGCUCUACAGCAACCAUCCCAGGGAGGUUUUUGCAGAUAUCCGAAUGGAGGGGAGGAGAGCACUCUCUCAGGUCCCAUUCCCAGCAAGGGCAGCUCACACAGGACCUGCAGCCUGGCCAUCAACAGGCUCUGUGGCGGUGCCUUCUGUCUACUGUUGUAGUUACGUGUUUUGUGUUGACUCUUGGUGGUGUGAGAAUGUACUAAUCUCCGUCGAAACAAAGUGUAGCAUUUCCACUCCAUCCUCCUCCCUCCCUCACAGAAUUCUUUACUAGAACCCAAAGUAGACAGACCAUACUUUGUGGCAGAGCCAUGAAGCAUCUGCAGUCGCCUUCAUUUAAGCCAUGGAACAGCAGAAUAUGAUUCUGCAGCUCUUGGGCAGACUGGCUGGACAAGUGUGUUAACAUCGGGAACGCUGGCUCCAACAUCGGCUCUCUCCCCCUAACUCUGUUCUUUGCCUUUUCCCUACAUUAGCAUUCCGUGGCUCAGGGCUAGAGUCUAAAGCAGAAACCCAGAGAGGGAAGGGCCCUGCCUCUAAGAAUGGGUUUGUCAAGGUGAGCAUGCUGUGUGUAAGCCAAAACCACCAUUUCCUCUUGUAGAAAGUAAGACUCAGACUGAAUCUUAGAAUAUUUUUUAAAUGUCCUUUUUCACAAUCAUGUACCGGGAAGCCAAUUUUCAUACUAAACUGAUUAAAUAAUACAUUUACAAUCUGUAACUGUACUUACAGCCUUCUUUGUAAAUAGAAACUAUAAUUUAUUGUCUAUUUUAUAUCCAUUUUGCUGUAACAUUUAAGCAAAGACCAGACUUUUUUCUUUAAAAAAAAAAAAAGUUUAUUUAGAAAGUAUAAACCAACUGUACCACUUGAGUUUUCUUUUUAAUAUAAGACUUAUGAUGC